GACCUCUCGACCAAUGGCGUGCUGUGGCUCAUUAAAAAACAAACCACUCCUCCGCUGCAAGCACCCUCUUCUUCAAGGUGACCUUUGCCCUGCCUUCAGCCAGGGGUAUAAGGACAAAGAAGGCUCAACAACCUUGACUUUGAGCUGCAGAGAUUUCUUACGAAAACAAACUAAGUAUGGCAGACGACUCAAAAAAGAGAUUCAUCGAGCGUGGCUCCCACAAGGGCAAGGGAAUUGCCGUUUUUACCAGCGGUGGUGAUUCUCAAGGCAUGAAUGCAGCCGUCAGAGCUGUUGUUCGAAUGGGCAUUUAUCUCGGAUGCAAAGUCUACUUCAUCAAAGAAGGAUACCAAGGAAUGGUCGACGGAGGAGAGAACAUCCAAGUGGCAAACUGGUCUUCCGUCUCCAGUAUUAUUCACAAGGGUGGUACUGUGAUUGGUUCUGCCAGGUGCAAGGACUUCAGGGAGAGGGCUGGUCGGCUGAAGGCGGCCAAGAAUUUGCUCCAGAGGGGAAUCACUAAUUUAAUUGUAAUCGGAGGUGACGGCUCUUUGACCGGCGCCAACCUCUUCAGGCAAGAGUGGGGAAGCUUGCUUGAUGAACUGCUGCAGAAGGGUGAAAUUUCUAAGGAAGAGAGGGAAAAGCACAGUCACCUGCACAUUGCCGGAAUGGUCGGUUCCAUCGAUAAUGAUUUCUGCGGCACCGACAUGACAAUCGGAACCGACUCGGCCCUGCACAGAAUCAUCGAAGCCAUCGACGCCAUCGUGGCCACAGCCUACUCUCACCAACGCACAUUCAUCAUGGAGGUCAUGGGCAGGCAUUGUGGGUACUUGUCAAUUGUAGCUGCUCUCACGAGCGAAGCCGACUACGUGUUUUGCCCUGAGAGUCCUCCACCUACUGACUGGCCUUCCAAGCUGUGUAGCAAAUUGGAACAGGAAAGAGCUGCAGGUCAGCGUUUGAAUAUCAUCAUUGUGGCCGAAGGAGCCAUUGACCGAGAAGGGCAGCCCAUCACUGCAGAGAAGGUCAGGCAGGUGGUUGUUGAAAAACUCAAUCAGGAUACUAGGAUUACUGUGCUGGGCCACGUCCAACGAGGUGGCAGUCCGUCUGCUUUUGACCGUGUUCUCGGUUGCAGAAUGGGUGCUGAAGCCGUAAUGGCUUUGAUGGAGGCAACUCCAGAGACAGAAGCUUGCGUUGUUUCUCUCGAUGGCAAUCAGGCCGUCCGUCUGCCACUGAUGGAGUGUGUUGAGCGCACUAAAGCUGUGGCCAAAGCCAUGGCAGACAAGGACUGGGAGCUGGCGGUCCAACUGAGAGGACGUAGUUUUGCCAGGAAUUUGGACACAUACAAAAUGCUGACUCGUCUCAAACCUCCCAAGUCAGCUUUCGACGAGUCCGGCCACGGCAUCGCGGCUGCACUUAGCAAGGAAGGAUUCACUUUGGCCGUGAUGCAUGUUGGUGCUCCUUCAUGCGGAAUGAACGCUGCUGUGCGCAGUUUCGUGAGGAAUUGCAUUUACCGUGGUGACACCGUCUAUGGAGUCCACGAUGGAAUGGAGGGACUUGCUAGUGGCAAUAUUAAAUCCAUGGAUUGGUCAGAUGUGACCGGCUGGGUGGCUCAGGGCGGUGCUUUCCUUGGAACAAAGAGGACUUUGCCAGGAAAUAAAGUUGGUGCCAUUGCUGAGCAAUUGGCCAAAUUCAAAAUUCAGGCCCUGCUCAUCAUUGGAGGAUUUGAGUCAUAUCAGGCCGCGUCCCAGCUAGUGGAAAAUCGACAGACCUACAAGGAGUUCUGCAUCCCGAUUGCAGUGAUUCCUGCCACAAUUAGCAACAACGUGCCCGGCACAGAGUUUUCUCUUGGAUGUGACACUGCCCUCAAUGAAAUCACAGAGAUUUGUGACAGGAUCCGCCAGUCGGCCCAGGGUACCAAGAGGAGAGUAUUUGUAGUUGAAACUAUGGGUGGCUAUUGCGGAUAUUUGGCCACAGUUGCAGGAUUGGCUGGUGGUGCUGACGCUGCGUACAUUUUUGAAGAAAAAUUUGGCAUUAAAGACCUGCAGCAAGAUUUGAGCCACAUGGCCAGCAAAAUGGAAGAAGGUGUGCAACGUGGUCUCAUUCUCCGAAAUGAGAAGGCAAAUGAAAACUACACCACCGACUUUAUUUACCGUUUGUAUUCUGAGGAGGGCAAAGGCUUGUUCAGCGCUCGCAGCAACGUGCUUGGACACAUGCAGCAGGGUGGAUCUCCUUCGCCAUUUGAUAGAAAUAUGGGAACUAAGAUGGGUUCGAAAGCUGUUGAGUGGAUGAUUGAAAAGCUGAAGGAAACCACCCAACCUGAUGGGUCUGUCAACGCUACAUCUCCAGACACGGCUGUUCUGAUGGGUGUAGUAGAGCGGCAGUAUCGAUUCACUCCUUUGAUCGAUCUCAAGAAGGAGACCGACUUUGAUCAUCGUAUUCCCAAAUCUCAGUGGUGGCUGAAACUGCGUCCUCUUCUGAGAAUUCUUGCCAAGCAUGAUUCGACAUAUGAAGAGGAGGGCGUCUACAUGACUAUUGAAGAAGGGUGCGAUUUGGAUGCCUCCAUCAUCUAAUCUAGAGUCUUAUUACAAUUGAUAGCAUAAUUUAGCUGCAAGUAAUUGCAAGUGAUAGCUCAUAAUACACAGAGUAGGAGUAAGGCUAUCUAUUUGAAUAAUUUGUCCUCACCAAAGAGCUGUUUUGUCACAUAAUUUAUCAAAACUAUUAUCUAUUUAGCAUUUGUAAUGCAAAUUUAGGCCUUAUCCUUAAAAUUCUUUCAUUUUGUCUCUGAUCAAAGUAAUCCAUAAAUUUUCUCAUUUCUAAUAUUAGAAUGAUGCAGAGCAUGAAUUUGUUAAAUUUGUGACAGAUAUCUAUAUAACAUGGCUAGGGUGUUUUUAACCCUAUUUUAAUUGAAAUUGCCAUUACAACCCUGCUAAUAUUGUUAUCACGUGAUUGUUAAAUAACUUAUGAUGUGUAUUAAAAAAAACUGUUAGCAACAUUCAGUGAAAAAA